CCGUGGGGCUGCACCCCGAGCACCGCUCUGGCUCCUCCAAACCCCGCACCCGUGGGAUGCCCAUACAGCUCCCUGUGGGGAUGUGCAGGGGGCUGGGGGUAUCACACCGGGACGGCUGUGGGCACAGCUCCCUGCUGGCCCCAUCCCAGCUCCCUGCUGUCCCAAGGCGUUGGCGGGGGCCCAGAGCUACGGGCAGCCCCCGCUCAGCUGUUGCUGUCUGUGACACUCCCCAUGACGGUCCCACACUGGGUACGGAGCAUGCGCAGGGACACCAACGGGGCGAUCGGAGGGGACAUUAAACCCUAUGGGGUGUGAAUUCACCCCUUGGGAAGCCAACAGCACCCUACGCAUGGACCUGCGCCACGUCCCCGCUGCCCGGGAGAAGGGCUGGUACCUGGCACUGAUGGCCCCCAACACCAAAGGUCCCCACUACGCAUGGCUGGACCCGUCCCGGCUCUACUGCCAUCCGCAAGGCUUGAAGGACUGCGUGACCGACCUGCUGCAACCCUUCCAUGGAGAUCCCAUUGACCUGGUGGCCGGCAUCGAUGCCAUGGGCUUCAUACUGGGUGCCGCCGUGGCUGCCACGCUGCAUAAAGGCUUCUUGGCCAUCCGCAAAGCCGGGCAUCUCUGCGUGGAGACGUUGGCAGAGCCCUACACCGACUAUUCGGGUCGGGAGAAGGUGAUGGAGGUGCGCACCGACACCGUGACACCGGGUAUGCGCAUCCUCCUGGUGGAUCAGUGGGUGGAAACCGGGGGCACCAUGCGAGCGGCCAUCCAGCUGGUGGAGCGCCAAGGGGGGGUCGUGGCAGGCGUCGCAGCCAUCUGCAUCGAAGACAGCGAGGGAGGGCGGUGGAUUCGGGAGCGCUACAAGUGUGCCCACUGCGUGCCCCCCCGCCUGCAGCCCCGCUUCGACCAACACCAGAUGGGUUGGGAGUGAGGCUUGGCACCGCAACGGCUCUCCUUCCCACCCACCAGCCCGACGGCUUCCUUAAAAAGCAUAAAAAAAUCAUUUUAUUACAA